AUGUCAGGUCGCAGUAAUGGGGGUGACUCCUCCAGCGACUCUGCGGCGGAAGACAGAAAGAGGUCAAGAGAAGAGCUGGUGGCCCUGACGACGCAAGUUGGCUCGCUGACGGAUCAGAUGAGCCAGCUAAUGUCGCUAGUGGAAGAUACCAUGAAGGCAAGCAAGAAGGAGGAGCCAGCUGGCACCAUGGAGGGUGCCGCUGAUCGCGGCGAUGCUAGGGAGAGCGCCGCCCCGGAGUCCACGAACGCCGAAGGAGGGGCACCGUGGACCGGGAGUGCGCAGGACGGGAGGUACCUGCGCGAACCUGUUCGAGAGUCUGGCCCGUCAGGGCGACACAGCGGCGAAGCAGGGGGCUUUGUCCCCCAAGAGGUGAGAGUAGCCGCUGCUCACAACCAAGAGUAUUGUAGUGCCAUGGGAGAUGAUGGUGCUGCUGUUGGCUUUGGAUACGGAGCCACAACCCCAGCGAUGGGGUACCAAAGUGUGCGUUACACUUCUCGUCCGGUCAGCGGGAAAUCGAAAGAUUUCAACAAAUGGCUUAAUGAUUUCCGCAUUGCAGCUAAUGGCGCAAACCUGUUGCAACUUUUUGAAGAGAGCGGGAGCUUGGAGAUCCCGUCAACAGCGGAAAGAGCAAGUUUUCGCUGUCACAGCAGUACCGGAGCGAGCAAGUAGAGCUCGCAUUCCACGCGUGGAACUUCCUGUC